AUGGCAGAAGCCAUGAUCGGUUCAGCUUUUCUCAAUGCUUUGGUUAAGAUUCUGCUUGAUAAGUUGGUUUCUCACGAGGCCAUAACAAAUCUUUUUGAGGGAAAAAACCCCAUCAUUAACCUUCUUAAUGAACUGAAAAUUAGGCUUUUGUCAGUUGAUGGUUUGCUUGAUGAUGCUGAGGAGAAGCAGAUUGACCAUUUAAAGGUCAGGAUAUGGCUUGAUGAGCUUAAAGGGGUCAUUUAUGAGGCAGAUGAGUUAAUGGGUAUGGUCAAUACCAAAGCUUUGGUACUGAAGGUGGAAGGUGAAUCUGGAAGCAAUGUAAGUAUGGUACUAACGAAGCUCAUCCCAACUUCUUUCCAUUCAUUUGAUAGGGUUAUAAAACUUGAGAUGGAGGCAAACAUACUUCCUAUCUUAAAUCUUCUUGUGGGUCGAAAAGAUGAACUUGGCUUAAAAGUAGGUCUUCAUAACAGAUGCCACAAUACGUUACUUGCACCCUUGGUACAACAAUCAGAUGUUCGUGGAAGGGAUUCUGUAAAAGAAACCAUUGUUAAUUCAUUGAUAUAUGAUGCUGGUGGCCAUAACUUAUUUGUGAUUGCCAUAGUCGGUAUUGGUGGCAUUGGCAAAACCACUCUCGCACAACUCAUUUACGAUGAACCCAGAGUGAAAGAACAUUUCAAUGAGCUUAAAGCAUGGAUUACGGUAUCUAAUGAUUUUGAUGUUCUAAAAAUUAUGAAACUUAUUUUUCUGAAGCUCAUUUCUCAAAGAGAUUGUGGCAUAGAGGAACCAAAAGAACUUCAAUUUAGAUUGAAGGAGGUUUUGACAAGGAAGAAAUUCCUUUUUGUGUUUGAUGAUGUUUGGAAUGAAGAUCCUAUUAAAUGGAAUGUGUUAAAGAGCACUUUUAUGUCUGCAACAUAUGGAAGCAAGAUUAUUGUGACAACACGAAGCAUUCAUAUUGCAAAUAUUUUUAUGACAGGUGCUCAACAACCUCAUUACUUAUCUGAAUUAUCCGAGGAAGAUUGUUGGCAGAUCUUUACUAAACACGCCUUUGACGAUGGGGAAGACUUGAGUGCAUAUUUGGAUUUUCAAGGGAUUGGGAAAGAAAUUGUUAAAAGGUGUGGAUGCCUUCCUUUAGCAGUAAAAUAUAUUGGGGUUGCUUUGCACUCAGAACGAAAUCCAAGGAAAUGGGAAAAUGUACUAGAGAGCAACAUGUGGGAGUUGUAUGAUACGCAGAGGAUUCACAUUCUUCCAACUCUAUGGUUAAGCUAUCGUUGUUUACCAUCUUAUUUAAAACCAUGUUUUGCUUUUUGCUCAGUUUUUCCUAAAGAUUACUCAUUCAACAAAAAAGAAAUGGUUUUAUUGUUGAUGGCAGAAGGCUUUUUACAACCUGAAAUUGGAACCAAAAUGGAAGAAGUUGGAGAGAAAUACUUUGAUGGUCUAGUCUCAAGGUUACUGUUGCAACGAUCAAGUGAGAAUGAAUCGAAUUUCAACAUGCAUGACCUUGUGCAUGACUUAGCUAUGUAUGUAUCAAGUGAAUUUUGCUUCUGCUCUGAUGGUCAUAGGAACUUCAGUAAUCUCACAAGCAAGACUCGUUAUUUUUCACAUGACUUGGCAAUUGAGGGUUUGGAGAAAUUUGAAGAUUUGUCUAAAUCCAAGCGUUUACGCACCUUUAUCGCAUUAAAUGCAUUUUCUAGGAAAAUUGACUACAUGAAACUAGUUGAAAAGCUGGUAACGAGAAAUAUAUACUUAAGAGUUUUGUCUAUAUCCGAGGCAUAUUUUGUGGAGGAGUUGCCUAGUUCAAUCGGCAAUCUGCAACAUCUAAGGUAUUUGAACUUGUCAUGGAGUAGAGUAACAAAAUUACCUGAUUCAAUUUGUACUAUAUACAAUCUGGAGACAUUGGUGUUGUCAAAUUGUCAUAAUCUCUCUUGUUUGCCACCCAAAAUCGGAAACUUAAUUAAGCUGCUUCAUCUUGACAUCAGAAAUUCACCCUUGAAAGAGAUGCCAGACAAUAUGUGUAAAUUAAUAGACUUGGAAUCAUUAUCUGAUUUUGUUUUGGGUAACGAUGGUGGUUCCAAUGUUAAGGAGCUAGGAGAGCUUCGACGCUUGCAUGGAAGACUUCGUAUUUCGGGGCUUCAAAAUGUCAAGAAUGUAAACGAUGUUUUGGAGGCCAAACUAAGUACCAAGAGUCUUAGUGAACUAGCCUUGGAAGGGAAGGGUUCUACCAAUGAUUCAAAUCAUGAAAAAUCAGUACUUGAUGCACUCCAACCUCACACAAACUUGUCAAAAAUCACUAUCUCUGGAUAUCAAGGUACAAGUUUUCCGCAGUGGGUUGGAAAUCAUUAUUCACUUUAA